AUGACGUCCAACUACAUUAUCCACAUCGGCAACAACAUCGUAAACAAGCGAAUAAAGAUCAGUGAGUACCUGAGCAAAUACGAGCGGAAAAUAAUUGAAAAAAACGCAAGCGCCUUUUUCUACAUUUUAAUUAACCUACUUUUUGACGUACCAAUUGAACGCUUCCGGUUGGUCAUAAAUAGAAAAUACAUUUUUCUGAAGAAGAGAAAAAAACUCGACGUCGUCUUCACGAUAACAAAAAAGUUACUCAUAUUGAAUAACAUAAGCGUAAAGGAAAGGUUCCUCCGCUUUUUGGAUGGGAGCGUCGAGGAAGACAGUGAUAACGCAUGUUGUGCCACACGGGCUGAUUACUUCCUCCCCAAGACCGUCCUCCUAGACAACGCAAUGAAAAGAAACAACCCACUCAUGAAUGAAAAAAAAGACAUUUCUCACCACGGCAUCAUGCCUAACAUUCUUACGAGUGCAAAUGGAGACAAGUUAGUGGACUCGAAAAGAUUCCUACACAACUGUGAUGAGCACCCCUUCCAGGGAAGUAGACCUUCAACCCACUACUUAAACCUUGCUGGAACUAUAACAAGUGAAUACAAAAAGGAGGUGAAAAAAAAGUUAUCCUCAUACAACUCCUUCUACUUCAAAGAAAUUAAAGGCAAAGUAAACCACUUCAAGGCCAAGUCAAGUGAGGAAUACUACUGCCCGAGGAAACCCUCCCCACGUGAUACUAGCAAAGUGCACAUUCCUGACAGCGAAAAUAAUGUCUGCCAGCAGAGAAGCAUCAUAUUAAUUAAAAAGAGCGACAACAAAACGGGAAUAAACAUUUUGGAUGAAUUUCUGGACAUCUAUGUGGAGGUAAGGGUGGCUUUGGAGCUAACCUACGAAAUAAAAAAAGGAAAAAAAAAAAAAAAAAAAAAAAACAUCCUUGAUGAUGCAUCAAGAAAUAUAAGAGGAAACAGAGUCCUCCUCGACACGAUCGUGCAAACUACAGAAAAUCUGAUCAGCAAAAGAGAAAAAGAACAGAUCCUACUGGAAAAGCUUAACAGUGCCCCACCCUUCAUUCAGCGGCUCUCCUAUGACAACGCAGAUGAAUUGGAAAACGGGGGGGCCAUCCCAACGGGUGAAGAACAGCUUGGCGAAACGGCCGAUCAGUCGACAGACCAACCGUUGGACCACCACCCUGAUGGAGAAAACGCGCAAAUGCAGAUAACCUUCCACCAGAGAAGCCACCUGCACGAAAUUGUAUACAACGGAAUAGUACAGGAAGGGAAGCCAAAGAAAGAUAAAACAAAAAAAAAAAUUGACAAGGAUAAACGGGAAAAAAGUAGGAACCUCAAGUCGAUUGAAAAUAUGUACACCUGUUUGUGA